ACUGGCGACUACAUAAUCCUAAUCUGCGCCUCCAUUGAAGGCAGAUACCAGGCUAGGCCCGCAUACUAUCUAGCCUUCAGAAAGACUUCAUCCCUCCCAUGGUGGUAUAACUUAGAAGACACCAUUCACCACCUCCGCCCAAAUAUCCCACCUCCACCAUGUCACAACACGCCCGCGUCGAGGAGAUCUCCGACUCCGACUCCGACCCAUCCGAAGGCGACAUCGAAAACCUCGCCGACAUCAUCACCCUCCCCACCCGACCCGCCCCCUCCUCCUCCCCCGCCGCCAACCCAACCCUCCUCUCCCCCUCCUCCCUCCCCACUCCCCGCACCUCCAACGCAUUCAAAGGCGCCCCCGCCGCCGAAGUCAAAACCUGGACCUGCCUAUACCCAAUCUACUUCGACGCGUCGCGGUCGCGGGGCGAGGGACGGAUGGUGGGGCGGGAGCACGCGGUGGCGAAUCCGCUAGCGAGGGAGAUCGCGGAGGGGGCGUUUCGGAUGGGGCUGCAGUGUGAGCUGGAGGCGCAGAAGUCGCAUCCGAAGGACUGGGCAAAUCCGGGGCGGGUGCGGGUGAAGUUUGAGGAUGGGGAUAAGGGGGUGAAGAAUAAACAUCAUCUCCUCCUCAAAAUCGCCGCGUGGCUGCAACAGAACCCCACGACCGACCGCACGCCAUUCAAGCUCCCGGUUCCAGGCGCCACGCCCAAGGAGCCCAACCCCGAGGUUCCGACACCUCGGGGGUGGAAGAUCAACAAAAUCUUACCGCUGCAUUCGCCAGCCGUUACGGGCGGCGGGGUGAGCGACAAUCUGUUCAAGGACAUGAUGGCGGAGAUGCAGGAGGGUGGGGGCAUAAUUCCGGGUGCGGCGGGGGGGAGUGGACAGAAGAAGAAGGAGAAGGGGAAGAAGAAGUGAGGGGAAUGGAAUUGGGAAAGGGAGACGUCCGGGACCACCCCGAACUACGUCAGCUAGGAGAGACGGCAAGCCUGCCAUCCAGUCUCGCAGACGGCAUGCAGAGUGCGGAAGCCCUGAUUGCCGCCUACUCCGGAUGAGCUAGAGGUUAAGAGAGAUAGUACCAACUCGGCAGGCAUGAGCGACGUU